AUGGAGUGUUCCGAUUCAACUAGUUCCCAAGGGCAUCAUGUAAAUGGAAAACGGAAUCAAGUGCAAACCAUUGAUCCUCCUGGUCCUUCCAUUGUUGAAAUGGGACCAAGGCACUGCCCAUUGACUUUCAUGAGAAGAUUCCGUGGAGUAUUGUGUUUGGUGAUUAUGAUAUUAACAGCAUUUCUGAUGAUGGUUUACCUGUCCCCUGUAACUACUUUCCUUGUGCGGUUGUUCAGUUUGCAUUACAGCAGAAAGUCUACAUGCUUCCUGUUUGGGAUGUGGUUAGCCAUGUGGCCUUUUUUGUUUGAGAAGAUUAACAAGACCAGGUUUGUUUUCUCUGGUGAAAGUGUGCCAGCAAAAGAGCGAGUGCUGUUAUUUGCUAACCACAGGACUGAGGUUGACUGGAUGUACUUGUGGGAUUUUGCAUUGAGGAAAGGCCGCUUGCAGUGCAUCAAGUAUAUCCUUAAGAAAAGCUUGAUGAAGUUACCUGUUUUCAACUGGGCAUUUCACAUUAUUGAGUUUAUUCCGGUAGAGAGGAAGUGGGAGAUUGAUGAAGCAAUAAUCCGAAGCAGGCUUUCUGAAUUGAAGAACCCAAAGGAUCCCCUUUGGUUGGCAGUUUUCCCAGAAGGCACUGACUAUACUGAGAAGAAGUGUAUCAAAAGUCAAGAAUAUGCAGCAGAGCAUGGUUUGCCUGUUCUGAAGAACGUACUCCUUCCCAAGACAAAGGGUUUCAAUUGCUGUUUGCAAGUGCUGAGGAGUACCAUAGAUGCUGUUUAUGACAUCACAAUCGCGUACAAACAUCGACCGCCAACUUUUCUGGACAACGUUUACGGCAUUGGUCCUUCCGAAGUCCAUAUCCACAUCAACAGUAUCCAAGUUUCCGACAUACCAACAUCCGAAGACGAGGUAGCUGACUGGUUGAUAGAGCGGUUCAGGCUGAAGGACGAGCUGCUGUCCAGUUUCUCCACGCUAGGCCACUUCCCCAACGAAGGAACCGAAGGGGAUCUGUCAACAACCAAGUGCCUUGCGAAUUUUGUGGCGGUAGUUACCGUCACAGGCUUCCUCAUGUACCUAACCUUGUUUUCGUCCAUGUGGUUCAAGGUCUUCGUAGCGUUUAGCUGUUCUUUCCUUACGCUCACUACCUGCUACUCUAUACAUCCCCAGAUGAUAGGUUCAGGUUCCCCUGAGAGUAUCCAUGCGAAGAAAGCUUGA